CAACCCUGGCAAAUAAUCGAUUAGGAACGUCACUGAGGUGUCAGCCGCACUUUCUUUCAUAUGUUGGCAAAUAUUAUUAUUAUUAUAUGAUUAUCUUUGAAAUAAUGAGUGAGGUCGGGCUUAUUAACUCAAGUACUUUCUCUGUUUUCUCACUUCAAUAUUUCUUACUAUCUGGUUAACAAAACUGUUAGCUAGCUAACUUGAAUGUUACUGCUACAUCUAGUUAGCCCAGUGAAUGGGCAGAUUGGCUAUUUAGACUUGAUUAUUGUAUUGGAAAAAAAUAUUAACAAUAUAGGAGAACUCUGUCUUCUGUAAUCACCAGAGCUGAAGAUGUCUUUAUAUGGCGGGAAAUCCGUGGAUCACAAUCACAAGGCUAAGGAUGCGUUUGUGAGAGUGCGGAAGAGGGAUUUGGAGAAAUUAACGACAGAAGUCAUGCAGCUGAGGGAGUUCCUGCCCCGAGUUGUGAAUGGUGAUCUGACUGAAAUGCUUCACAAAGCCCGGAGAGCAGAGACAAAGAAGGAACACCUGGAGCAGGAACAGAAUCAGCUGAGACAGGACUGCUCACAUCUUCAGUCCCGGCUGGAGGCAGCGCACUCUGAAUGUCAGAAAGAAAGAGAGGAGAAGUUACUGUUGCGUGAGCAGCUGUGGCAGAGCGGAGUGGAGCUGCAGCAGCAGGCCGACUUCUGCUCCACCCUGGGAUCCGCAGCCUGCAGCCUCCUGUGGAGCGGCUCGUCCAGGGAGGAGACGGUGGCUAUCUGGCUGACUGAUGGAAAGCUCCCCUCCUUCCUGACCGUUGCUGCUCAGACUCUGGAGAGUUUCGUCAAGUCCAUGGACGACGAGAUAAAAACUCAACCCGGGGACCACAACUCUCAGGAGCACCAGUUUGUGUUGGCUCUGGUUGGGACAAUCACAAAUAUAGCAGCAGUAACAUCUGGGCGGGACUUCCUGUCCAGCUCAGGACACGUCCUGCUGGACACGCUAAUGAAGCUGCUGCAGCUGAUGAGGCCUGCCGUCUUCCCCAAACUGAAAGUGUUGAUGCUGAUGGCUUUGUAUAAUGUGAGCAUCAGCAUUAAAGGACUGAAGUUCAUCAUUGAGAAUAAAGAUCUCAUUCCACUCAUCUGGACGCUGUUGGACGAUGAGCACUGGGAGGUGUGUCUCCACUGCCUGCGCCUCCUCCAGUCCGUGUUGCUGGAGGAGGAUGUUGUGCUGCUUCUCGGCUCCUCGUUGCUGGAUCCGGAGCUCCAGGCUCGGGUUGGCCGGCUCACCUCCAGCCUGCAGCCCAGCCUGAAGGCCACAGCUCAGCAAACCCUGGAGGACCUGCAGGCCCUCCGAGGUCUGGUUAAAUAAACCCAGAAGUGUGAACGCUGGAUUCUGCAUCUUCAGUUUGCUUGGCGUCACCCAUUGCUGUCUUUCAGUUAGAUUUGAGCUGACCUGACGGGGUCUGAAUUGAUUGAUUUUAUACUUCUAUUGCUACACUGUUAAACUGUUCUUCAUUAAUAUUCAUGGUAUGUUUAAUUGGUUUAUUAACCAUAAAGAUGAUGGUUACACUCCUCAGAGAAUUGUGUUUCUGUUGGUGUUCUGCUGUUCAGCCACCUGCAAGGAGGAGGUACACAUCCCAGUACUCAUCCAUCCAUUGUACACCUACAUAUCCUUGCACCAAUACAACAUAGAAAAAUAUAAGUUAUAAUGUUAAUUUUAACUGGUGUUUAGGCAUCAGAAAUGAUGAGAAAGUU